UCAAAUUAUAUGCAAAUUAGACCAUGUUUUUACAACAUCAUAUUCAGAUGAUAUGCAAACUAGACAAUGACAUCAUCUAGUGACUUCCAGGAGAGCCAAUAGGUACUUUUCUUAACGAAAACUUGGCAACAGCGUCUUCACCACCUGGAGCAACAUUCCCACUACUCAGUGGUGGUUCUGGCUUGAAUGACGCCCUGGGCGGGCCGAUGCUGUAACCCCGGCCCCCUUCCACGGUGCCAGCACUCAAGGCUAAACGAACACACAUUGACACACAGUUCCACAGCCUAAGCAGGGAAGCCCGGACUUCCCUCUCCCUGGCCACUUUGUCCAGCUCCUCCCGGCGGAUUCCGAGGCAUUCCCAGGCCAUUUGAGAGACAUAGUCUCUCCAACGUGUCCUGGGUCUUCCCCAAGGCUUCCUACUGGUCGGACGUGCCCUGAACACCUCCCCAGGGAGGCGUCCGGGAGGCAUCUUGACCAGAUGCCCAAGCCAGCUCAUCUGGUUCCUCUCAAUGUGGAGGAGCAGCGGUUCUACAACAAGUUUCUCCUGGAUGACGGUGCUUCUCACCUUAUCUCUAAGGGAGGUGAUGGUAGGAACGUAGCUCGACCGCAAAAUUGAUCACUGCAGACGCCGCACCAAUUCGCCUGUCGAUCUCGUGCUCCAUCCUUCCCUCACUUGUGAACAAGACCCCAAGGUACUUAAACUUCUCCACUUGGGGCAGGCUCUCAUCCCUGACCCGGAGAUGGUACUCCACCCUUUUCUGGGCGAAAACCAUGGACUCGGACUUGGAGGUGCUGAUUCUCAUCCCGGCCACUUCGCACUCGGAUGUGAACCGAUCCAGUGAGAGUUGAAGGUCACGGCUCGAUGAAGCCAGCAGGACCUCAUCAUCUGCAAAAAGCAAAGACCCAAUCCUGCAGCCACCAGAACGGAACAACGCCUUCUCCAAGUCCCCUAAUCCCCUCCAUGCGUUUGGGCCUGCCAGUUCUGACUGGCAUCCUCCCUCACCAUCAAAGCCAAUUCACAAUCUGUGACGAGCACAGAAGUCCAAUAACAGCGCACCGCUCGGGUUCAGAUCAGAUCUUCCCAAUCACGCCUCUCCAGGUCUCACUGUCGCUGCCAACAUGAGCUUUGAAGUCCCCCAGCAGAACAAGGGAAUCCCCUGAAGGUGCAUUCUCCAGUAGUCCCUCCAGGGACUCCAAAAAAGAGCAGAUAUUCUGAACUGCUGUUUGGCGCAUGAGCGCAAACAACAGUCAGAACCUGUCCCUCCCCCCCCCGUACGUAGAGGGAAACUACCUACUCGUUCACUGGGUUAAACUCCAACGUACAGGCCACGAGCCGGGGCGCAACAAGAAUUGCCACCCCUGGCCAUCGCCUCUCACUGCUGGCAACGCCAGAGUGGAGUAAAGUCCAGCCCCUCCAGGGAGGACUGGUUCCAGAGGUCUUGCUGUGCGUUGAGGUGAGUCCGACUAUAUCUAGCCGGAACUUCACCUUGCACACCAGCUCAGGCUCCUUCCCCACCAUAGAGGUGACAUUCUGCAGCCAAGGAUCGGACCGUCAAGGUCCCCGCUCUCAGCUGCCACCCAGCUCGAUCUGCACCCGACCCCCUUUGGCCCAUCCCUUCGGGCUGUGCCCAGCCAGGCCCCAUGGGUGUAGACUCGGCCACCAGGUGCUCGCCAUUGUGCCCCGCCUCCAGGCGUGGCUCCAGAGGGGUGCCCCGGUGACCUGUGUCCGGGUGAAGGAAAACUAGGUCCAAAAUUUUGUCUCUUCAUUAGGGUCUUUUGAGACACUCUUUGUCUCACAUAGGACCUGUUUGUCGUGGGUGACCCUACCAGGGGCAUAAGAGCCCAACAACAACUUGGCUCCUAGGAGGUUUUUGGUCUGUGAUAUAAUGUAUAUAAUAUGAUAUUAAGAAUGAAAUGUUUUAUUUUUGAGCAAUUACUGUUGUAAUUUACUCUUUUUUUUUGUUGAAAAUAUAUAAUUAACUUGAAAGCUGAGGCACAGUGAUGAAGUGAACCCCCCCAUACUGUUUGAUUUGGUCAUGUGGUGGAUAUUUGAUAGCGUCUGAGCAGCCUGGGGGCGUGACUUGUUCAUGGUGCCAGCCAUAUUGAAGAUUUGAGUGAUGUGUCAGUAGUUUUUGAGGAGGAAGAAACAUUUUGAGAUGAAAUAGAGAACUGGCAGAACAUGGACCUAAGCCUUCGGACAUGGAGAUGAAGAUUGGUCGCCUUCAGAACACAGAAUGCCUGAGCGCCGCCGAACCCUCGACUAUCUUCGCCACUCCAGUCCGUUCGCAAGGCUCUCUGCUUCAGCCCAAGCAUGCUCGGCUCUUCGGCCCUGCUCGCGGUGCUCCUGGCGGGCCUCGCGGCUGCAGCGUCCUCUGUGGAAGUGUUCGAUAACCAGCUGGGCGACAUCAGCUACUGCAAGAAGCAAUGUCAGCUCGCGAUCAGAAACAGAAGCCCCGCUAAAGAUUCCAUAAUGAAUGCGUGCCACCGCGGGUGUCGCCUGUACUCCAUCUGCCAGUUUGUCAACGGCAACGCUGGUUUCAACACCAGCAAGGACGAGUGUCAGGGAGCCUGCCAGGAGGCUUAUGUUAAACUUCUGGAGCAGGAAGCCUGCAGCACCGGCUGCUCAAGCCAGCCCUCUGAGCCCGAGAUCAAGAGGAGAAAGCUUAAGGCCAUGACUCUGCGCCCCAAGCCACCCUCCGUCAUGGAGGCCGUGUCCAGUUGGUGCAACGACAUCGUCAGCUCCGCCCAGAGUUUCAUCUCCUCCACUUGGACCUUCUACCUGCAGGCGGACGACGGCAAGGUUGUCGUCUUUCAGAGCCAACCAGAGAUGGAGUACGCUCUACCCGAGCUGCAGGCUCCUCGCUCCAACGUGGCUGAUGGUCCUUGGCCUCAGGUGCGCUCCCACACGCAGAAGCCCCACGGCGUUAGGGGGCGUGGCGAGAAGGGAGGAGCCAAAGCAGGAAGCAGGGGUAAACACCAGGCGCAGCACGUCGACGACACGGCGUCUGAACACGACUUCCUCGGCUGCAUGUCAAGACGUUCGGGUCUUCCUCGGUGGAUUUUAGCGGCGUGCCUGUUCUUGUCUAUCAUGGUCAUGUUGUGGCUCAGCUGUGCCAGCCUGGUGACCGCGCCAGAUCAGCACAUCAAGACGCAGCUGAGCAUCAACGGGGAUAAGGAUUUCCUGGACAAUGGCCGCCACAAGGUGAACCCGUACCACCUGAGUCCUCUGCUGGCUGUCAGCGUCAAGCAGGUGCCGGAGGAGGAGGACGGCCAGGAGGCAGGACCGCUGCCGGUGAAGGUGGACCUCAACAAGACACGCGUGUAAGAAGAGGAUGUUUUAAAACAUGAGGAAGACUCACUCGAUCACUGGAUUUUUUAAAAUGAUUUUUAAAGAGCAUGGCACCCUACAGUUGAUUGAACAGACUUUAUAGAGUUAAUCUCGUCAAUCCCUGCUGACAUAAAGAUAACGGCGCGCUUCAACGUCUUUUCUCUCAUUAAUUUAAUCCACUUGAAAUGAAGCAGUAGACUGAAAUGAAAGUGUAUUUAUUAUGACUAAAGGGUGUGAUUGAAGUGCCAUGCAUUGCCUGUUAAAUACAUUGUAACUUAAACUUACUAUCGUAUUAUUAUUAUUAUUAUUAUUAUUAUUAUUAUUAUUCCCAUCAUGUUAUUGCUCUUACAGCAGUUUCAAGUAUACUGUAUGUGCCAUGUGCUUUCUUAAAAUAAAUAGCUGACUAUUUUGUAUGUACCAGGAGCACAUACUGUACUAAAUAUACAAAGCAUUUUUUUUAUUUUUAUGAAGGAGCAGAGUUGCACAGUCGUAGAAACUUUUUAGUUUGUGCGUUUUUGCCGUAUUGUACGCUUUUUUUUUUUUUUUUUUAAGAUGGGCAGGCUGUGUGCCAACAAAUAAACCGUGCAUGCAAGAGUGAAGCUUCUUCAGCAGUUCCAUCCUUCUCCUGUGGACUCUUACUGUAGCUUUGUGACUUUAUAGUGCUCCUAUUUGCUGUUAAAACAUGGCUAGAAUGUGUAACAUAAUAACAAUGAAUGCCAAUAUCCUCACAAGGACUUUUCAAGAAGAAGAAGAAGAAAAAAAGAAGCCAAUCAGUCAAUAUCCAGAGGUAUAUCACGAAAUAUGAUGUAUUGUUUCCUUUUUACUGCUCUGUUCAUUUUCAAGGAGACCAUCAUCGCAACAUAAUAAAGUGUUUUCAUCGUU